AUGGACGGUACAGAAAUUAGCAAUUCGGCUCUACUCACAGAAAAUACAGAAUCUUCCAAUAACGUGGAUACGGAACACUUCCAAAUGUUUAUGUACGAGUUAUUUGAUAAAAAUGGUAUAAUUAACGAUUUGCGAGCUUAUUUACGGAAACAUAUUGUGGACUUGCUAAAGAGUUCCCAAAAAGGAGAAGUUCCAUCGUGUCAGAAACAUUUCACUCAGCGGCUGGAGCUUCCAUCACAAGCCAUUAAUAUUUUACUUGUAGAAUAUUUUUUAAGAAUGGAAUUCAGUUACACCCUCUCAGUGUUUGUAUCGGAGAUACCAUUAUCAAAUAUGAUGUUUGACUUUGCCAAGAAUCUCAUGCAAAACAAGAGUGAGGAUACGACCAAAGCCCUGCGGUUUAAUGAUAAAGAUGUUUGGGCCAUAUUAAAUUUUUUAGGUAUAAAAUGUGAUUCAGAAUACGCGUGCAGUGUCCUAGAAAUGUACAAAACAGAGAAACAUAAAUCCCUAUUGUUAUGCAUUAUAAAUUGUAUGAACACAUACAGGCAGGAGCAGUGUUUGGAGCCAGAAUGUAUGUCGGACGGGAGCGCGACGGUAAUAUUGUCAGAAAAAAGCUGCAAUUCUAUCGAAGGUGACCCCUCGAAGAAACGACAAGUGGAGAAAUGCCACCAUUAUUUAAUGUGCAAAGUCUGCCGGGGCAAAAUUUUGAGAAUGAAAGACAAGUAUGGAAAUAAAAGCAAGAUUUAUGCUAAAAGACAAGCGAGUAUCACAUCUAAGAAUGGUGAAAGAAUAAUGAAGAACAUGAAAUUAAUGGAGAGAGAAGUGUUGAACGAGACCUUCAACCUCGUCAGUAACGUGCACGAAGCAGAGGUAGACCAAGUGCGGAAUGAGGAGGAGCAAAAAGUCAAACGGUCGUUGGCAAACCAAGCCUUGCAGCUGCAUAAACGGAAGAUGCAGUUAGAAGAAUCAUUCAACAAGCGCGCUGCCCGUCUAGAGAGUAAUAUGGCUGCGAAGAAGCGGUUUUUGUGGGGGCUGGCGAGUACGCUUCGAGAUCAGCAUAAGCGGUUGGCUCGAGCCAUGCUCGCUGUUACCAAUGAGACAAAACACAUUGCUGACAAGGAACAUAUUUUGAAACGCCAAAUAGGAGAAGCAGAAGAGAUUCUCCACAAACGCGACGACGACUUACAUCUCAAAAUAUCGCGCGAAAUGCUCGAACUUGAAGCUCACGUCGACAACCUGAAAAGAGAACGAAGCCAUUUGCACAAGGAACGAAUUGAGCUCGAAGAGAUGAAGAAACUAUACGCGGACAAUACUGUUAUAAAAAUCCACAAUUUGGAGGAAAAAAUUCACGACAACACCAAAAAAAUCCACGAUUACAAUGAAAAAAAUAUUGGCAAUAAUGAAAAAAUCUGUAAUGAAGACCUUAAGGAUUUGAAAUCAAGAUACGAUGUGUUGAACAAUGAGAUUUCUAAACUAAAGAGGUACAUACAAGCGUAUAAACCUAUAAAGUCUAUGAUAGAAAGGAGUACUGCGACCGACCAAAGUGAUACUUCAUCGAAGAGCAUUUUGAAUAAUGAACAAGAGGAACGUCACUUGAGGGAGGACGUAAAACCUCCUAACCAGGUCGUCAAUGAUUUUAAGAAACAGAAAAAUGUUAAUUUCGAUCAGCUACGUAUAAAAAUCGGCGAGGAUCAUCGCGCCCGGUCGCCGUCUCUGAGCGAGGCAGGUGACUUCGCCGCAAGCCCUGGCCGUAGUGCAGAUCCCAUUCAAAAGAGUCCACAUCACAGCCCGGACCGCAGUUCGGUCCACAAACCAGCCCAUAGUCCGGGCCACAGUCCGGCACACAGUCCGGGCCAUAGUUCCACCCGCGGCUCGAGUCGCAGUCGAUCCCCCAGCCCACUAACUGUUGUCAAGUCGACGAGGGACUGUGUCCGCCGCAAGCAGAGACUUCGACAAGUACAAAUAAAAGUGGGCGGUAUAUUAGAGGACCGACGCUACCGAUCACCGACAGCAAAUGACACGGCGGGAGUCUGCGUUGCGCAUCAAAGUGUGGCCUCACAUACAGGCCACAAUCAGAUCCAAAAUCCAGGCCACAACCGGGUCCAAAGCUGCAAUCUGUCCCCCCAUAGGCAAUGCGAAGCUAUUGUCUCGAAAACGUUGGAAGAGAAAGAAAUACUAAAGGCCCGAGCCAGACUCCAAUUGCAUUUGAAAGUUGGAGAAAUGUGCAAUGAACACAGGCGUCAGUCGCUGGCCAGCGUAGCAGGUGAUAUUACUAUACAAAGUCCGGAUAAAGGCAGAUCCCGCAGUCCAGAAAAUGCCUCAAUUCGUUGCCCGGGCAAUGCCACGAGUCGCAGUCGCAGCCACAGCCCGCCCACUGAAAUGCCGCUCGAGGUCAGCACCUUGAAAAAGCUCUUAGAAGAGAACGAACGACUCAAGUGCCAAGCGAGACAGCAAGAGGAACAAAUCAACUCGCUGACGUCGCAGCAGGCACGCCUGGCGGCGCAGCUGCUAUCCAUGCGGUCAGUGACGGUACCGUUGGGUUCCCCUAAACCUAAAGUGGAACCAAUGGGACCAAUGAGGCCAAUAGGACUAAUGGGACCGACGAGGCCACCGGAAGCAAUGAGACCAAUGGGGGUCAUGAGACCUUUACAACAGCAACUGCGGCCGCGUACUGCCCCCGCCGCGCUACCCGUCUCCAACACGCACGUGCUCGAAGUGAACCCGAUCGCAAGUGCCUCGUCCAUGGGCUGGCGCAAGGGCGCGGGCGAGGACCUGAGCUGGUUCCCCGCGCCUCAGAGGAUCCUGGUCCCGGGAGACGUGCUGCCAUUCAUCGGUGUGCUCACGGACCGCCACGACGCCAAUGCUAAGCGGCAUUCAUUACCCACGUACCGCAAGGCGCGGCGCGUGCAUUCGCCGCAUGGGCAUAGGGUCGGCGGCGGUUCAUCCCCCAGAGCCCACACCACCCCUCCCACACGGCACAAGUCUCCGCAACCGGAAUCUGAGACCACAACUAACUCUAGCAAGCACGAGACACCCAACAGCGACCAAAAUGAAAUACCCUCUGUCUCCUGCAAUGUACAUGAGAGAGACAAAAGUCCCAAGUCUGUCUUGCGCGAAGCAAAAUUGAAACUAAAAACUAAAGAGGAAAUAAAAGCGCCGAUCAUACCUCGCGAGAAAAGUCCAACGGCAGUCUUGCGCGAGGCAAAAAUGCGUCUACGCAAGUUAGAGAUCGAAGCAGAGGCCGUCGAGAAGUCCUAUUUAGACUUCAGGAAAAGACAAACUGAGUUGAAGAAUGCUUUCGAUAUUAGCAUGAAACGAAACAAGCCACAAGAAAUAGACACAAAAUAUCCAAAACCAUCGGAUAGAAAUACAGAAGGUAAACAUUCACUACUUGAAACGAAAGACAAAACAGUUUCUAACGAAGUCGGUGCCUUUAAAGGAUAUUCUAAUAAUUUAGACUUGAACGACAUACGGUUCAGAAACCGUAUCACAGUCUCAUCUAGAAUUAAACCUGUGCCAGUUGCAGAUUCUAAUCAACCUACCGAAGACAGGUUAAAACCAAACAAUGAUUACAUAGAAAAACCUAUGACGGAGUUCAGGAAGCUGUAUAUGGAUACUAGACCCAGUUCGGGCGAUGGGUCAAGAUCGACAGUCGUGCAUAGACCGACCAAAGGCACAACAUCUCCACAAAGUUCAAGAUCGCCUCAAAGACAACCAUCUUACGGAACUAAUAAACAAACAGAAACACCACUACCUCUUGAAGUUGUAGAACUGCAGGUCAAAAAGGAAGCAUUGAUGAAAGAGAAAGAAGAAAAAAUUGCAGAAUUGGAAAUUUUAAAAGAUAAUAUUAAUAAAAUAUAUAACUUAGAAUCGCGGAAAUCACCGAGUGGACAACAGACGUCUGAAAAUUCGGGCAUCGAAGAGAAAGGGAAUUAUAGACCCGACGUAGGCAAAUCCGGCCAUAAUGCUGAAGAAAAGUACGAAGUAAAUAAGGUGAUAGAAUCAAGUCCUCUUAGCGUACAUGGUCAAGAUUCUGGAAACACUUCAGAUAUACAUCCAGACGCGGAACGGGAACAAAUUUCACCUAAAAUGACUAUAAUUAUCAGCCCAAAGCGGAGUCCAACAGAUGUGAGGUCUGCGGAAAAACGGAGAAGUGUGUCACCAGAACAAGCGGCUAGAUUGACGAGGAACGACGUCUUGGAUGCGAUAUUUCACACAGACGCGUUGAAAGACGCUUCAAGCUACGACAUGGAGACGGAGUCCAAGGACGACCAAGACACUAUAACGGACGAGGAACAGGGUCCGCCUGAAGACUACCUUGACGAUUUCUCCGCUGAUGUGGACGAUUUUAAUGCCGUUUCUGAUUAUGGGAAUUCACCUAUUUCGCUUGCUAAACCGGUAGAUGAUGAAAACUUUUGGGACUCAUAAAAAUUAUAUCACACAAGCUAUAUUUGUGCUAAAGCGAUAUCGUGUGUUCAACGUUAAGGCCAAUUACAUCAAAAUAACGAACAGUGCGGUUUUCGUUUGCUGAAAUCUAGCUCUCAAGGUCAAAUAUAGCUUGUGUGAUAUAGCUCUAAGCGACAUGAUUCCUGACUAGUGGUUCGAGUUGUUUAUCUACGCGGUUAUCAAAAUUGAUGAAACUGUUUCGUCGUUUUCAGAUAAAGAUACUGGGAAUAAAUACUUGGCAUUGUACAUAUUGCACAGUUUUUGUCAAUUAUGUAACGUCCAAUCUAGAUACGAACAAACAACAGAUCGCGCGGAAUAUUCUCAUGCAGUCUCGGGAAUAUCCGCAGCUACGGUUUCGUACCUAACCAAAGUACAAAACGUUGCAUGAUUGACAUAAAGUUAAUUAUGCUAUGUACAAUAUCGUUACAAAAGUCCGCUUCCAUUCCAUUGCGUGGCAAUGAAAAUUGAGCCUAAUUGUACUGGCAAACAAACCGUCGAUCGCUUACAACGAGCGUCUGGUUUGUAAGCGCCUUCACUGUGCCUUGUUUUUACGCAUUGUUACUUAUCACAUCUGAAUAAAAUGCGCGCAAUAAAG